AUGGAGACCCCAUACAAGAACCACGUGUUCCAGUUUGGAGACGAUCGUAACUACGACCAAUCAGAGACUGCCACGCCAGACUUUCUCAAGUUUCUGUCACCAUCUCUACUGUUGUUAUCUGAAAACAAAUCAAAUGGCAUGUCACCGGUAACAGGGAUAUCCGUCUUCAACAGGAAACCAGCUUAUCCCCUUGCCCAACCUGGAAACAACAUCAACAGCAAACAGACUCGCAGACGACUACUAACUGGUGAACAGCAACUGAAACCUCUGUACAAUAAUAAAGACAAUUAUUUACAAAACUUGCAACAAAACCCAAUGUUUGAAGACUUGUCCAAAUUGUUAGCAGAAGAAUGCCUACAUAUGCAGGUACCAACAAACUUAAUGAACGUCAAAUGGGAUACCAAGAACAGUGCUGUUGGUCGAGGUUCAAAUAUCCACACUGCUCAUCUUAAUCUUCAGAAGAGAUUCCUGCAAUUCAGAUCUCAACAGAACUGCCAAGUUGUAACAAAAGCUCGAGACAUUGAAUGCAGAUAUUCCAAAGAGGUGAGCACAAUGGAAGUAGCCAGAUACAUAGAAGUCAGCUCCACACAAGGUCGGACUCAUUUCAUUCAUGACAGAUUUGACAACUGCCGGUAUCAGCUGAUAGAAGACACCAAUCGUAAUCUAGACGAACUCUUGUUACUAGAAACUACACCAAAACAAAUCCAACAAACUGCAAAAAGAGCUAUAAACUUGAAUGUUUCAGAUGAAUCAGCAUCUACCACCAGUUUCUCAGCAAAUGAUACGAGUUCACAGAUUCAGGACAUAGACGUUCUCAGUUUGGCCAUGGAAGCUGCCGAUGUUCUCCCUGAAAGUGCAGACUUUUAUCAGCAGUUUGGUGCAACUACUUCAGUACACAUUUCAAAUGUAUUGGAAUCAUUCGAUUUACCUCGACAAGAUUACAUGCAAGACAAGCAGGCAUCACCACCAAAUACUGACCAGAGAGCUAAUUCGCCAAGAGGACUAUCACUAAAGCGCAAAUUUGAAGAAGAAAGUCACCUCACAACUGAUCAACAACAAAAGAAACCAAAAACUGAUAAAAGUUUGUCAAGGCCUCGCCAGAUUAAACCAGAAGCUACACAGAUACUGACAGAAUGGUAUGACGCUCAUGUGACGUAUCCAUACCCUAACGAUGACGAAGUAGAAGCACUAGCAAAAAUUUCAAACCUCUCUGCCAAACAGGUGAAGAAAUGGAUGGCAAACAAAAGAGUUCGUUGCUUUAAUACACUUUCCAUUACUGGAAACACACAUCCGAUCAAACAUAAGCUUACCGGAAAGAGAAAAGACACAGAUAAUGGUAACACGAACAGUCAACUUGGCAGCAAAUCCAGAGAAGCAUUGAACGCAUGGUACAAACAACACAUCGCCAAUCCAUACCCGUCAGAGGAAGAAAAGGAAAUGCUAGCCAUUACAGCUGGAAUUACGGUACCUCAGGUCAAGUCGUGGUUUGCCAACAAGAGGAGCAGAGCAAAUAAUAGAAAGCGUCAAGUACCGAACUAUUUCCUCGAAAAAUUUCCGGAAUAUGCACCACAUGUACAGUUAGUGCAAGCACAAAGAGAUCAGUCAAGAAAAAGGUUUUGUCCGCAGCCAACCAGUUUCACAGAAUUUGCAAUGUAUAGUGAGCAGAACUAUUAUUUCUAA